UCUUUUUUUGGUUGCCCCUCGUUUUUGAUAUCUCUGUUAAGAAGUGUUAACAGGCUUGCACAAUGGACGCAUCCGCACAGGCAAGAUUCGAUCUCAUACGCGAAAACCUCGCGGAGAUCAUCAACCCGGAGUUGGUGGAGAGCGUCCUCGCGGAGGGGCGCAAUCCGCGUGUCUACUGGGGCACGGCCACGACGGGAAAACCUCAUACGGGAUAUUUCACACCGGCACUUAAGAUUGCGCAGCUAUUGGCUGCGGGAUGUGAGGUUGUGAUUCUGCUUGCGGACGUCCAUGCGUUCCUGGACUCGUUGAAGGCGCCGUUGGAGUUGGUGGAGAACCGUGUCAAGUAUUAUGAGAAGGUCAUCAGAGCAAUCCUGGAGGCAGUUGGCGUGUCGACAGAGAAGCUCGAGUUCGUGCUGGGCAGUUCAUACCAGACGAGUCCUAAGUACACGAUGGAUUUAUACCGCCUAUCAGCCUUGACUUCUGAGCACGACGCUAGGAAGAGUGGCGCUGAAAUUGUCAAGCAGUCCACUAAUGCUCCAUUGAGUGGCCUUCUCUACCCUCUCCUCCAGGUUCUCGAUGAGGAGUAUCUCAAUGUGGAUGCUGAGCUAGGAGGUGUCGACCAGAGGAAGCUUUUCGUGGCGGCGACGGAGUGGCUACCUAAGCUCGGAUAUCGAAAGCGCGCACAUCUUGUCACGCCCAUGGUUGCGGGUCUUAGUGGAGGUAAAAUGAGUUCCAGUGAUGAAGAUAGCAAGAUUGAUCUCCUUGACCCGCCUGAGGUUGUCGCUAAGAAGAUCCGCAAAUCCCAAGCGGCUCCGAAAAUUGUCGAAAACAAUGGCAUUAUUGCACUCGUCGAAUUUGUCUUACUUCCUGCAGCCGCCCUUGCUGGAAAGAGAGAAUUCCGUGUGGAACGCCGGGAUGCCGAACCCUUGAUUUACACCGAUAUUCAGAAGCUCAAGGAUGAUUAUUCGAAUGACAUUUUAACACCACAAACCCUGAAGCCUGCUGUUGCAGAUGCCCUGACCCGUCUCAUGGCACCUAUCCACGAAGCCUACCAAGCGUCCCCCGAGUGGCAAGAGAUUACUCUCAAGGCUUACCCGCCUCCAGUGGCGCAGAAGAAGCAGAAGAAGGUCAAGGACAAGGGUUCUCGCUACCCAGGAGCUAACAAGGAACAAGAGAUUCCAGAGCACCCGAAGCCUUAGGCUUACCUAUGAACAGCAUGCUCUAUAUGAGGAUCGCCGAUAGCUCUCCAAAGUGAAGGCGAAACUCGCCGGUCCCGUUGUCGCGUGACCUCAGAAAUAGAAUAUCCAAAAAUUCAUCGCAGAUACCCUGUUGGGCAAUUUCCAGCGAAUCGACCACUAGUUGACUGCAUCCUAUGGCUUAUUAUGGAAGGACACUGAACAGUCGCAUAUAGCAAUAAAAAAAUAACAUUGAUAGAUUAUUCAAAUCAUACAUACCAGUAAGCAAUUGACAGCUAGCUUAAUG